AUGAAUGUCAUUUUUGUGACUUUCUCUUUUUAGUGCUAUUUUUGAGAUAUAAACUUCAAAAUGUGCUAUUAUUGACAAUUGCCCUUAUUUUUUUGUGAAAAUAAACUAACUGGAAAAAAAAGGCUAAGGAAAUUUCUCAUUAAAUAUCUUUAUCUCUUUGAUACCUCUCUUUUUCCGCGAAACUUUCUUUCUUUUGCUUUCUCUAUCUUUUAUCUCUCAGUCUCAGCAACGUUUCUGUGUUAGUAUGUGUAACACAUAGCCGCCUCGCCUCUUUGUUAAUUCUUCCUCCUAGCUCCGAGAUCUUGAGCCUCUCUUCAUCAUCAUUCCUUGACUAUGGAUUCUUAUUUUGUUUCCCUUGCUGCUGCUGCUGCAAUCAGCUUCUACGCCCUUUUUGGUACAAUGUUUUUCAACCGAAAAUCAAGACCCCUUCAAAAAAAUAAAACAGUGGCUUCUUCUUCUUUAUCUCUUUUGGCUCCUCAGUCUUCUUUGCCUCGUAAUUGGAUACAUCAUGUCUUUCCAAGCUUCCACGGGGCAGAUGUCCGCACAAACUUUCUCAGCCACGUUCUCAAGGAGCUCAAGAGCAAAGCAAUCGACCUAUUCAUUGACAACGAUAUAGAGAGGAGUAAGUCGAUUGGUCCUGAGCUCAUAGAAGCUAUUAGAGGAUCUAGGAUUGCUAUUCUCUUUUUCUCGAAGAACUACGCAUCGUCGACAUGGUGCUUGAACGAGUUGGUGGAGAUCAUGACGUGCAGAGAAGAGUUUGGUCAAACAGUGAUUUCUCUAUUCUAUGAAGUGGAUCCAACUCAUGUAAAGAAGCAAACUGGUGAUUUUGGGAAAGUCUUCAAAAAAACUUGUGUAGGAAAAACGAAGGAUGAGAUUCAAAGAUGGAAACAUGCUUUGACGGAAGUGGCUCAAAUCGCAGGUUUCCAUUCAUCCAACUGGUUUGUUCUCUUCAUUCAAUCUUACCUACUUUUAAUCGUUCUAACAUAUGUUUUGCUUUCUGUACUAUUGGUUAACGUUUACUAUUAGAGUUUCAUUACAAUAAAAAAAUAAUAAUUAUAACUAAUAGUAGAAAUGAUGUUGUAGAAACUUUAAAUCUAUGUAGUAAUUUUAUAUAUAAACUAUAGCUUGACAUUGACAUGUACGUCCACUCGGAUGUUAAUUUAUUUUUCUUAUAAAUUGUUGUAUGAUAUUUUUAAAUA